AGCUCGGAUGGAGCCACUAGGAAUGGAAUAGAAGCCCGCCAAACUCUGCCGAACUGCGCCAUCCCCUCCACAUCCUGCAGCUCUCCGGCGAACGCCUCCGCCGUCCACAAACGACAGCCUGUGCUGGAUUUUUUGGUGGGCCACGCGCCGCGGCAGUCAGACACGUUUUCUUUGCUGACGUAUGCAGCUGCGUGCGAUGGGCGAGGGUAAGAAGGGGAGGACGCCCGCCGCCUCCCCCCUCCAAAACCAUGGAGAACGAUGGGGCAGCGGCGGCGGCGGCGGCGGCAGCGGUGGCAGGGGAAGAGCACUGCGGACCGCUCUCCUCCGUCGCGGAGAUCGAGGGCCUCCUCGGCUACACUUUCCGCGACCCGUCGCUCCUAACGGAGGCGCUCACACACGGCUCCCACCCCGACCGCCCCUCCUACCAGCGCCUCGAGUUCGUCGGCGACGCCGUCCUCGGCCUCGCCUUCACCAAGUUCCUCUACUUCUCCGACCCCUCGCUCGGCUCCGGAAAGCUCACCGUCCUCCGGAGCGCUAACCUCUCGACCGAGAAGCUCGCCCGCGUCGCCGUGCGCCACCAACUCUACCGCUAUCUCCGGCGCCACUCCGCCGCCCUCGAUCAAUUGGUCGUGGAGUUCACAGAUUCCGUAAUGGCGGAGCGGGAGGAAGAGAUCGGAGAGCUCUCCUACGGCGGCAGCAACAACAAAGCCCGGAAAGUACUGGCCGACAUGGUCGAGUCCAUCGCCGCUGCCGUCUACAUCGACUGCAAUUUCGACCUCGAACUCGUUUGGAAGGUCUUUCGGGUGAUUAUGGAGCCGAUCAUAACGAUGGAGAACAUGAACGAGCACCCAGUGACGAUCCUGUACGAGUUCUACCAAAAGCAGAAACAGGGGAAGCGGCCGGAGUUCGAGUACUCCACCGACGGAUUGCUGCACACGGCGAAUGCGGUGGUCGACGGGGUUGUUAUCGGUACCGGCGUCUCGCCGCAGAAGAGGAUAGCGAAGCUGAAUGCGGCGAGGGAUGCGCUUCAGAAGAUGUCGGAGAUGGAGGCGGAUUUGAGCUCCAUCUAG